AUGACGACGACUUGCGCUACGAAUCCAUUGAAGGAAUGUGCUGCUAUCACUCCACAGGUGGCAGGAUUUAAGGUCGUACGUGUGCUCUCUCUUAACUGUCUCCAACAGGCGGACACACAUCACGGCAGCUUACAAUUCGAGCUUUGGAAUGCUCAGUUGUCGGAGGGGUGCAACUCUGGUUUUCCCCAUCACGAAGCGACACUGGAUAGAUCCAUCUUGAUACAGGAACCUGAAGCAGACCACUGCACAGAAGGCCUCAACCGAGGUGUCGCCGAAGACGUGGACUUGAAUGAUGGUCGGGCUGCUGGCCAUCGCUCGAUAGAAUCUCGGGUGUUCGAACGCAGCCAAGUCUGGUAA